AUGGCAGAGGGAGUCCCUAAUUUGAACGAAAGCAAUAGAACCAUUAAUCGCAGAUAUGUCAGGGGUUUAGGACCUCAGUUUGAUGAGCUGUAUGAGCAUGUGGACGAACAUUUCAGUACGCUUACUACAAUGGCCCGUAGGAUUGAAACAGAGCAUGAAUGGUCGGGUGAUCCGAUACGACCUUAUUACUUUAGACAUGAGUACCACCCAGAUUACGUCAGUACGUCCUCCAGAACUACAACCAACCCUUAUUUUGUCCAAAGAGGUGGACGAAACUCAGGUAGAACAGUUAGAGGCCGACACACUGGCAUAGUUAUUAGGGAACCUAACGUUCCGCACCAGGCACCUCCAGACGUACGACCGAGCGGUGAGGGCACUAGGGGUGUACUAGCACGAGCAUAUUACCACAUCGAUCUUGUUGUAGAGUGGAUAGCGGUCACUGUGCUUAGCUUCUGGACUUAGCUAGAGGACAAUUUUGAAGUCCAGAAGUCAGCUGUAUAUGUUAGUCUCUGACUUCUGUGAGUGCUGCAGUAGUGGUCCUGUGUCAACAGAAUAGUAGCCUAGACAGCAGUUCAUUUUGAUUGUAUAUAUUAACUGCUGUUAUUGUUUUAUAUGCAUUUUGAUAGGCUACGUGUUUAGUAUA